AUGCAAAGACUCAAUCAGAUAAGUGACCAUUUGAAAAGUACAGGCUCGGAGUACAGUUUGAAAAAAGAAGACGAUGUUGUUAUUGUUGCCGCAUAUAGAACUGCACUAACUAAAAGUGGUAAGGGUGCAUUUAGAGACAUCAAUUCAGAUGUCAUUUUAUAUAAAUUAUUGGUGGAAAUGUUUCACAAGGUCAAGAUUGAUCCUUCUCUCAUUGGUGAUGUUGCUGUCGGUAAUGUCUUGAAUCCUGGAGCAGGUGUUAAUGAACAUCGGGCUGCGGCAAUUGCCUCUGGUAUCCCAUCUUCGGUUCCCUUUAUAGCGCUCAAUAGACAAUGUUCGUCUGGAUUGAUGGCCAUCAAUGAUAUAGCCAAUAAGAUUAAGACGGGGCAGAUUGAAUGUGGGUUGGCUGCAGGUGUUGAGAGCAUGUCGCAGAAUUAUGGUCCGCAAGCUGUUCCAAAGAUUUCCCCACUUGUACAGACGGCCUCCAAAGAGGCAAAGGAUUGUUUAUUACCAAUGGGUACUACCAGUGAAAAUGUAAAUGAAAAGUACCGCAUUGGCAGAGAGGAGCAGGAUGAAUUUGCGGCAAAUUCCUAUAAGAAGGCUGAAAUUGCAAUUAGUACAGGCUUGUUUAAAGAUGAAAUUUUACCAAUAAAAGUUGAAGUUGAAGAAGAAGUUGAAGAAGAAGGUGAUGAAGAAGGUGGAGAGCCAAGGAGGAAAACAGUUGUUGUAGAUACAGAUGAAGGGCCUCGAAAGGGCGUCACACGAGAAUCUCUCCAAAGGCUUAAGCCAGCCUUUAAAAAGAAUGGUGCUUCACAUGCCGGCAACUCCUCACAAAUCUCAGACGGUGCUGCUGCUGUGCUUUUAAUGACUAGACGUCUAGCAGCAAAGCUCCACUUGGCGGUUUUGGGGAAAUAUAUUGCAACUUCGGUUGUGGGCGUCCCACCAAACAUUAUGGGCAUUGGCCCUUCAGUUGCAAUUCCAGAUGUCUUGAACAAGGCCAAUCUUGCUGUAUCGGAUGUAUCUGUUUUCGAAAUCAACGAAGCGUUUGCCGGCCAGGCCCUAUAUUCAAUACAGGCCUCACAUAUUGACAUCAACAAGGUCAAUCCUAGAGGCGGGGCAAUUGCUCUUGGCCAUCCUUUGGGAUGCACUGGCGCUCGACAAACAUGUACCCUACUAAGGGAACUAAAUGCUGGUGAAUAUGGUGUUGUAAGCAUGUGCAUUGGUGGCGGCCAAGGUGCAGCCACAAUAUUUUUGAAGGAAUAA